AGACAAGCGACUGCGCCCCAACCAUCAAGCGUUGACCCCUAACCACAACGUUUUCGCAACCUCACCUUUGACUGACCGAGCACAACUCCCCCUCUCCCAUCACCCAUCUCAACAAACAAUGUCUCUCCCAACGCUCCCGACCGAGCUCCUCCUUCUGAUAAUCUCCCAUCUUCAGCCCCGCGAUUUAAAGCAUCUGAUCGAGACCUCCAGAAAGCUUCACAUCAUCCUAACCCCACACUUGCAUCAUCACGCACUGCAAUCUAAAAAUGGGCUAAGCGCGCUAUGCUGGGCCGCCAAAAAGGGUCAUAUCCCGCUGGUUAGCCUACUGUUGUCCUGGGGCCUGGCCGUGAACGACGCGAGUGGGCCGUAUAGGAAGACGCCGCUGCAAGUCGCCGUGACUUGGAAUCGGGAGGAGGUGGUGAAAUUGCUCUUAUCACACGGUGCGGACCUGGAGGCCCGGGAUAUUCGGCACGAGACAGCACUUCAUACGGCGGUCGAGGCCUGCUAUACCCAGGAAUCCAUCGUGCGGAUUCUGCUGGAUGCGGGGGCGGAUAUUAAGGCUAAGAGUAGGACCGGGUUGACAGCGUUGCACUUUGCCGUCGAGAGCGGCGACGUCGGCAUCACGCAAUUGCUGUUAGAGCGGGGGGUCGAGGUGAACACAGUAAAUCUAUUUGGCGCGACGGCAUUGUACAGCGCUAUGCAGCUCCGACGGCCGAAUACUCUCGUUCGAUUACUCUUAUCUUUCGGUGCGGACCCUAAUCGCUUCCACCCCGGCGAGACCAAAACCCCGCUUCACCUCUCCGUUGACCGCAGAGACCUCACCAUUACAAGAAUGCUACUGGAAAACGGCGCCUCGAUCGAUGCGGUCGAUGUCGAUAAUGGCGACACGCCUAUUCACCGGGCUAUUAAGAACGGCGACGGACGCAUGUUCAGAUUGCUGCUGGAAUUCAACCCUGACAUGGAAAUUCAGGAUAGGAGUGGCAAAGAUGCUCUCGCUGUCGCCCGGUACCGCGGCGAGGCAGAGAUGGUGGUGGAAUUGCAAACAAGGCUGGGAUUGGGAGUUGUAGAGUUGUCGCUGAGCGAGGUUGAUGAGGUUGUCGAGGUAUAAUGAUCGAAUUCGGUAGCGAUACGCGGGGUCUAUUGUUAUGUCGGGACAUGAGUGGCUGACUGAAAAAGGAGAUUUAUGAUAGUUUGAGUAGUCCAUCGUGACGCCGGAGGGCGAGUUAUCAUUGAGGUUGCUCUUUCCAUUCUUGAUGUCGCUUAUGAUUGUCUCACUGAUUACCUGCCACUAGAGCAUACUUCCUUCCAUCCCCCCACCCCCGGAAGGAAAAAAAAAAAAGAAGCGUGAGAAACGGUGUCCUACUUCAUUACCAGCAGGAGGCCUAUCAUGGAGGUUCUUUUCUCUUUUCCCAAGGGCAGGAAAAAUGGGGUUUCUAUGUAUCCUUAUCUUCAUCUCUAUCCCAAUUGGGCUGUUAUCUAGCAUGGGGCGGAGUUCAGUUCAGUUUGUCAUCAUAGCGAUUGGGUGCUUUUCCGAAUACAGUACAGUACAUGGAUACAUGCGGUGGCUGCGUUUUCUUUUGCCUUUAUUGCUUUUGCUAAUCCUAUCCUCAUUAUUUCUUCCCUAUGGAUGGAUGGCGGCUAGCAGAUGCUGUAAUAAGACCUGCUUUCACGGGUUGGGGUUGUCUUUUCCCUUCGGAAGCGGGGUAGGUAGAAGGUGGCCGAUUCUUCUGACUUGUUGGUCGGUGCUAUAGGGAUUUAGGGGGUUUGCGAUGGUCAGGAUUGUUUGGCUGGUCUUGCAUAAUAUAGUAAAUUAUUUUGAGGGCUUUGUGCUGUAGCACGAGUACCGUAUAUGUACCGUAUAUAUGUUUCGCGGUAUGAUAUUCUCUUCCACAACGCUCCUGUUGUGUGACUGCCGUGAGGCAUUUCUAUCAUAAUGUGCCCCUACCCCGCGAUAAAGCUUUACUCACACCGGUAAUAUCCCUAAACCUUCUAGACCCAACUACCGUACUGUAACAUAAUAAACUCUGUUAUCAUACUCCGGAAUUUCGGUCCUAAACCCAUUGCCACAUAACCCCGCCCACCCAUCCACCCAGUCAUACUCCUAAUCUCGGCAUUUCCAUGUGGUUAGACUCCCUUGUCUCGUGUACCUUGCCUCGCAGAGCAGAACGCCAGAGCAGAACGCCAGCGCAGUACUCGCACAGUAUCACAUUAUACCUUACCACGGUUUGGUGAGGGUGGUUAAGUCGAGGCGAGGAGGGAUUGGAAUUGACGUUAGUCGCGCCUUUCUAAAGCAGGAAGAGUUUGUGUGGUAUUGGCGUCAUAUAUGAUACCAUAAAUCCGGAGGUGGGG